AUGGCCAUGGAAGACGAGGAGAAGGGGUUGGAGAACCACGAGAGGAGUGGCGGCACCGCGGCUGAUCCACCCUCGUCCCUGGGCUACGUGUUCGGGCUGCGCACGCCGGAGCGUGCAUACGUGCUGGAGGCCGACUCGGCACACGAGAUGCACGCGUGGGUCAAGGCGCUGCGGCAGCUGUGUGGGCAACACGAUGGCACCCACCCCGCCAACCAAUCCAAAUCUCCAAGCCCGUCCUACUCCGCCAACGCCGGCCAAUCAGGAGGCUCCUCUCAUCCCAGGUCCGGCGCCAUCACCAGGAGCACGUCGGCCAUUUUCCCGGUCCCUGCCCGAAGCCACGCCCCCUCGCCGGGUAGCCACGCCCCCUCGCCGGGCCACACCCCCUCGCCGGGCCACGCCCACUCGCUCGACCAAUUGCACGGGGCGGAGCAGAGGCUCCACCCACAUCGUCUGCGCAGCCAAUCGCAGCCCAGCAGUGCGCUGGGGGCCCCGCCCAGAAGCCAGGGGGGCAGCGAGGGUGAGGAUGUGACGUACCUCACCCCCAGGACCAUGUCAAUGCCCACACAGCAGCGUGUCGCCCCCCUCUCCUCGUCACCCUCGCUAGGGGGGGGCACGACCCUCGGUAACAUG